GCAAACCCUAUUUAGACGCAGCUCCAUUUCCGUUGGCAUCAAAUCAAAUCAAAAACCCCACCAAAACCCUACACUCCUCACUCUCCUCCUCCUCCUCCUCCUCUGUCGGUGGAAUAAAAUGCCGCUCGGCGAAAGAGCUGGAGACAAGAGCGAGUCUCGGUACUGCGGCGUGGAGACGGAGUUCAACGAUGACAUGCCCCACGUCCUCGCUUUCAAUCUCUCGCAUGGAUCCUUCGAUUUCGUUAUUGCUCCUCUGAUGGAUCCUGCUUAUCGACCAAGUUUAAUGCAAAAGGACAAUGGUGUAUUUGGUGUUCCUCCAUUUGCUGGCUCAGACUUGGUUUUGAGUCCUUCUCAAUGGAGCAGUCAUGUCGUGGGAAAAGUUAGCUCAUGGAUUGACUUAGAUUCAGAAGAUGAGAUCCUCCGGUGCGAUUCAGAAACUACUUUGAAGCAAGAGAUAGCAUGGGCUUCUCAUUUGUCCUUGCAGGCAUGCCUUCUUCCAGUUCCAAAGGGGAAAUCCUGUGCUAAUUAUGCUAGAUGUGUAAAUCAGAUUUUACAGGGCCUAAGCAGUAUGCAGUUGUGGUUGCGGAUUCCAUUGGUCAAGUCAGACAGUGAAACCAUGGAUGUGAACACUGAUACCUCGGAUGAUUCUUGGGAGAUUUGGAAUUCAUUUCGUCUGCUAUGUGAACAUCACAAUCAGUUAUCAGUUGCUCUUGAUGUUUUGAGUUCUCUACCUUCUGUAAACUCUCUUGGACGCUGGUUUGGGGAAUCUGUUAGAGCAGCCAUAUUCAGUACUGAGUGCUUUCUAACAAAUGCCCGAGGCUAUCCAUGUCUGUCAAAGCGCCACCAAAAGCUCGUUCAUGGGUUUUUCAAUCAUUCUAUACAGAUAGUUCUAUCAGGAGAACCAGUGCAUAGUCUUCCCAAGUUAAAUUCACAUAUAGCUGCCAAUGAUAAUGAUAAUAAUGUUGAUGGUGUCCAGAAACAUCCGUUGAGACCGUAUUUGGAUUAUGUUGGCUAUCUCUACCAGAGGAUGGAUCCCCUUCCUGAGCAAGAACGGUUUGAGAUUGGUUACAGGGAUUACUUGCAGUCACCCUUACAGCCGCUCAUGGAUAAUCUAGAGGCUCAAACCUAUGAGACAUUUGAGAAGGACACGAUGAAAUAUAUCCAGUACCAAAGAGCAAUUUGUAAAGCUUUACAGGACAGGGUUCCAGAUGACAAGGCAUCGUCAAUAACUACCGUAUUGAUGGUUGUAGGAGCAGGACGUGGACCUCUUGUAAGGGCAUCAUUGCAGGCAGCUGAAGAAACUGGGCGCAAGCUUAAAGUCUACGCUGUUGAAAAAAAUCCAAAUGCAGUUGUUACACUUCAUAUGGAUCCUGCUUAUCGACCAAGUUUAAUGCAAAAAGACAGUGGUGUGUCUGGUGUUCCUCCAUUUGCUGGCUCAGACUUGGUUUUGAGUCCUUCUCAAUGGAGCAGUCAUGUCGUGGGAAAAGUUAGCUCAUGGAUUGACUUAGAUUCAGAAGAUGAGAUCCUCCGGUGCGAUUCUGAAACUACUUUGAAGCAAGAUAUAGCACGGGCUUCUCAUUUGUCCUUGCAGGCAUGCCUUCUUCCAGUUCCAAAGGGGAAAUCCUGUGCUAAUUAUGCUAGAUGUGUAAAUCACAUUUUACAGGGCCUAAGCAGUAUGCAGUUGUGGUUGCGCAUUCCAUUGGUCAAGUCAGACAGUGAAACGAUGGAUGUGAACACUGAUACCUCGGAUGAUUCUUGGGAGAUUUGGAAUUCAUUUCGUCUGCUAUGUGAACAUCACAAUCAGUUAUCAGUUGCUCUUGAUGUUUUGAGUUCUCUACCUUCUGUAAACUCUCUUGGACGCUGGUUUGAGGAAUCUGUUAGAGCAGCCAUAUUCAGCACUGAGUGCUUUCUAACAAAUGCCCGAGGCUAUCCAUGUCUGUCAAAGCGCCACCAAAAGCUUGUUCAUGGGUUUUUCAAUCAUUCUAUACAGAUAGUUCUAUCAGGAGAACCGGUGCAUGGUAUUCCCAAGUUAAAUUCACAUAUAGCUGCCAAUGAUAAUGAUAAUAAUGUUGAUGGUGUCCAGAAACAUCCGUUGAGACCGUAUUUGGAUUAUGUUGGCUAUCUCUACCAGAGGAUGGAUCCCCUUCCUGAGCAAGAACGGUUUGAGAUUGGUUACAGGGAUUACUUGCAGUCACCCUUACAGCCGCUCAUGGAUAAUCUAGAGGCUCAAACCUACGAGACAUUUGAGGAGGACACGAUGAAAUAUAUCCAGUACCAAAGAGCAAUUUGUAAAGCUUUACAGGACAGGGUUCCAGAUGACAAGGCAUCGUCAAUAACUACCGUAUUGAUGGUUGUAGGAGCAGGACGUGGACCUCUUGUAAGGGCAUCAUUGCAGGCAGCUGAAGAAACUGGGCGCAAGCUUAAAGUCUACGCUGUUGAAAAAAAUCCAAAUGCAGUUGUUACACUUCAUAGCUUGGUUAAACUGGAGGGGUGGGAAAACAUUGUUACCAUAAUUUCAUGUGAUAUGCGUUACUGGGAUGCUCCGGAGAAAGCUGACAUUUUGGUUAGUGAAUUGUUGGGUUCUUUUGGCGAUAACGAGCUGUCUCCUGAGUGCCUUGAUGGAGCUCAGAGACUUUUGAAGGAUGAUGGAAUCUCAAUACCUUCAUCGUACACGAGUUUUAUCCAACCAGUGACUGCUUCAAAGCUUUACAAUGAUGUUAAGUCGCAUAAAGAUAUUUCACACUUCGAAACUGCUUAUGUUGUUAAAUUGCACAACAUUGCAAGACUUGCUCCUCCUCAACCUGUGUUUACGUUUGAUCAUCCAAACCACUCAACUGACAAAAGCAAUAACCGGUACACAAAGUUGCAGUUUGGAAUAUCAAGUGAUACUGGCUCAGCCAUGAUUCAUGGAUUCGCUGGGUAUUUUGAUUCAACACUAUACAAAGAAGUUCAUCUGGGCAUUGAACCGUCAACAUCAACACCAAACAUGUUUAGCUGGUUCCCAAUAUUUUUCCCACUAAGGACACCAAUUACGCUUGGUCCUGGCGCUUCUCUUGAAGUACAUUUUUGGCGGUGUUGUAGUCCUACCAAGGUUUGGUACGAGUGGUGUGUGGCAUCACCCUCCAGUUCACCGAUUCACAACGGCAACGGGCGUUCAUACUGGGUCGGGCUCUAGUAGCCCCGCAAUUUUGUUUAUUACAUACUAGGCGGACGCUAAUAUUAUUCCAUGCGUAAUGCGUGUUCAGUGGUUGGUCUGCCCUACAACUUUUGACAUCUACGCCAUUGAACUACAUUAGCGGUGUGAACUAGUUUUGGUGCCCCCGCCACGGGGUGAGCAAAAAUUUCGCCUGAGUUCCUCUGUAUUCAGAAUAUGUAUAAGCCAAUAGCAAUGUAUGCCAACCGUUAAGAUUGGAUUUUUGUUGUUUUUCAGAAAGUAGCAUCUGACGGGAAAUAUUUUUUUACUUCUUA